UUAUAUGAUUGUGCGUUUGAACUGUCAUGCCGGAUGAUUGCUCGCAUCGCACGGUUUACAAUCUGUUUGUAUGAUUGCAUCUGAGACGUAAGAGGGGAAGAAACUUUUGACAGGAAUUCACUGGAACAAGCGUGCUGGUCCCCGUCGUUGGCGGCAUUGUCGAGCUCUUCAGCGCAAAGCAUAUACCAAAAGAACCCCGCAAAAUAGAAAUGAUCAGGACUUGGAGUCACUUCUUGAGAGAAGCUGUGAAUGCCGGGAUCUGCGAUUUAAGCAUCAAUGAACUCCUGAUCCAAGAGUACUUCAAAUUCUAUCCAUCUCCACUCCACCUUUCGAGUUUGGACUCUGGACUGCAACAACUUCCAACGGGAACUCAAAGUAGCACCAAUCCUGAAGGAUCGUCUUGUAGCUCGGAUCUGACUUAUGAGUACCCAUCAUUUGACCCGUAUAAUAUCUUGGGAUAUCUUUCCCAAGCUGGACUGAUGAAGCAGUCUGUUAUUGAAUCCACGGGGUCUGAAGAUUCCAAAAGUUUGUCGAAACAGACAAAUUUCUCUGGUUGUUAUGUCGUGGCUGCGAAGCGUCAAGGUGCUCACAAACAGGAAGGAGGUAAAUACCAAGCAAAGAACCUGGUCACAGAGAGGAAGAGGAGGACCAGGAUUAAAGAAAGGCUCUAUACUCUCCGUUCACUCGUACCAAAGAUAUCCAAGAUGGAUAUGACUUCAAUCCUUGGGGAUGCAGCAGAAUACAUAGAGGAUUUACAGAUGGAGGUGACAAAGCUCGAGGAGCAACUCGAGGAAUCGGAAAAAGACAUAUGCAGACCAAAUUAUACUGACUCAAAGUCUCUGGCUCGAAGCGUGGGACAUGACCGCAGCAAGAGCUUGGCCGGACAACAGGAUAACAAAGAGUUUUCCCGUCUCGACCUCAAGACAGACACAAAGGCACAAGUGGAGGUGAACCAAAUUGGGAAAGGAGAUUUUCUGGUGAAGAUAUUAAUGCUGCAGAAGCAGGGAUGGUUUUCUAGGAUGAUGGAGGGGAUCAACUCACUGGGAUAUACUGUAGUGGAUGCCAACAUCACCUCGUUAAAUGGAAAAGUCCUAGCCAAUCUCAUGCUUGAGCUGAGCGAUGGUGCCCUUCCAAAGAAUCUGAGGGAAUCACUAAUACAGCUAGCGAGCUUAAUUAGUUAGUAAGAACAUCUGAGGUUAUCAAUGAGAGGGUGCAAAGUUCAUGCAGAAGUGUCUCUGUACUCUUAAGAGAAAGCAUGCCAGGGAGAAAGUGAGACUUCCCUUUUGAUCCAUUGAUAUGAACAUACAAUUAUCAAACAUUUCAGAUGCAUGCUCCUGUUUCAUCAGUUUAAAACCAGUAGGAAACUGAUUUUUAUCUUC